GCGCGCAGGCGGGAGGUUUGGAGCUGUAGGACACUCGUCCUCCAGAGCUGUGACUGAAGCUCUGCCUACUCAGUGGCAGUUUUCCUCAUUUCAUUUUUAGGUUUAAAAGCAUCAACUGGAAUUGACUUACUUUCAAAAACUGGACCAACACAAAUUGGACUUGAUACUGUAGAUUCACUGGCAAACAAGCAAUGUCAUCUAAUGAACAAGAAAGGUUCUGCUGUUAUAAUGGAGAAGUCCUUAUUUUUCAUUUGUCUGAAGGAAAUUUUGUAGAUGUAGGGCCUAAAACAAUACCUGUGUUACAUGUCAGAAGAAUGGUGUUUGGCAGAGGACCAGGGGGAUUUGUUCAGAAAUCCACUGGAUUCUUUAGCAUAAAAGAAGAAUACUCUCAUUUAAAAAUUAUGUGCUGCGACUGUGUUUCAGAUUUCAGAACUGGAAUUAAUCUGCCUUAUGUUAUGAUACAGUGCAUUAAAGAAGAGAACAUUUUCAAAUAUUUUCUACUGUUUCUUCAUGGCACCAAUAAAUUUGAAAAGUGUUUGAGUUUUAGACUAGGCUAUGAGAUGAAGGACAGUAUAAGGGUCCUUAAUGGCCCUUUAGUUUUAUGGAGACAUGGUCAGACAUUCUUUUAUAUCUCUUCUCAAACUGGUAAAGUUGUCAGUGUGUCUAUGAACUUUUCCUCUGUUGAGUGGGCAGGGGAGAUUGAAAAUCUAGGUAUAGUUUUAUUAGGACCAAAGAGAUGUUAUUUAUCUGCAGAAGAAUGCACUCCAAAGCCUUCAAAAUCAGAUUAUGCAACUUGGAAUACCCACUUUUGUGCAUACUCUCUUGAAAGGGCAGAAGUAAUAAGUGAUACAUACAUUAUCCCUCCUGCUUAUACCAGCAUGAUAACAUUUGUGCAUGUCUAUUCAACUGCGAUUGUCAAUGACCAGUUAAGAAUGUCACUGAUUGCCCUUACUCGAAAAAAUCAGCUGAUUUCAUUCCUAAAUGGGACUCCUACAAGUGUGUGCCAGCUUCCAUUUGGAGAUCCUUGUGCAGUUCAACUUGUGGAUUCAGGUGAAGAAGGCCUCCUUUUCAUCAUAUCCUUUAGGUCCAGUGAUGCUUGUGCUGUUUGGGAAAAGAGCUUUCAGAUCGCUGCCAAGUGGGAGAAAAUUAGUUCAGUACUGAUAGAUGACUUCUUUGGAACUGGAACAGAACAAGUACUGCUACUUUUUAAGGACUCCUUGAUUUCAGAUUACCGGAGUUCCUUUGAAAUAAUAGGCCAUGACACCUUCAACUCUUCAGGUGAAACAUUGGAUAGCAGUGAAGAUGUCCUGUUUGAGGACAAAGAGGAGAAUUGUUAUUUGGUGGUCCUACCUCUGGAAAGAAGAUUGCAAGUUGGUUUCAUUUCUCUUUGGGAAUUACAGCAGCAUCUCUUGCUUAAGGAAAAAAUUAUAUCAAAAUCUUACAAGGCUUUAAUGAACCUGUUUCAAAGAAAAGAUGAUAGUACAUUAAGUGCAGAGGAGGAGUGUCUUGUUACUCUUUGUGGUGAAGAAGAAAAUCCUGUCUGUACCUUCAAUGAAAAGUUAUCAGACCAUUUUCAAGAUUCAGAACAGCUAGUAGAGAAGAUAUGGUAUCGGGUAAUAGAAGACAGCUUGGUUGUUGGAGUGAAAGCCACAUCUUCUUUGAAGGUGUCUCUGAAUCAUGUGACUUUAUUGCUGUCAGUGGAUCAAGGCCCUAACUCCACCUUUCCACUUAUUAAGUGUCAAAAUAGGAUAUUUAAGUUGACUCAGAAUUCUUCUCCAGUACUAAGCUCAGUGCCAUAUGAAGUAGGAUCAGAGGUAAAAAGAAUCAAGUUGAGUGUUGAUAGUAAAGAAGAGAAAGAGAAAAGCGUUGUUUGUGAACAACCCUUGAAGAAAGAGUAUGUACAGAUGAUUACAGCUGUAACAGCUCUUCCGCCACUUUUAACAUUCAGUAAUUUUUGUUGCAUUGUGCUGCUACAAAUGAGAGAGAAUGGUAACUCUUCUGAAGCUCAUUAUGUUCAAUGUGGCAGAAUUUUUUUAAGUGUAGAAGAUCUUUCAAGUGGGAAAUACGUGCUGACAUUUCCAGAGAAGAAACCUAUAGAACACAUGGAAGAUCUCUUUACACUUCUUGCAACAUGGCACAGAGCUGGUUUUCAAAUCACGUCACCCAUGUUCGUUCUGACUUCAGUGAAGCUAUGGCUCUUAGAACACAUGAAGUGUGAAGUCAUCAAAGAAUUUCCAGAAAUUUGCUUUUGCAAAAGGCCGGGAAGUUUCUAUGGGACACUCUUCAAUUGGAAACAAAGAACACCAUUUGAAGGAAUUUUAGUAGUCUAUUCCAGGAAUCAAACAGUUUUGUUCCAGUGCCUUCAUGAUCUCAGCACGGUUCUCCCUGUGAACAGUUUCUUCAAAUAUCUAGAGUUAGAAAGUGAGGAUUUUCUAGUUGGUCAUUUGGCAGUAGCUUUGGAGAAGGAAUUGGUCACCCUUGGUUCUCCUUCUUCUGCCUUAGUGAAGGUUGAAACGAGCUUGGUGCAGAAUUGUGAAGUAAGCAAAGAAAAGAGUAGUGAUGAUGUGGCUGCUUUAUCAGACAUAAAGGAAAGCAUCCAUCGCUACAGAAAAGAACUUCAGAGAGAAAAGGAGCAAAUGUUGGGGACGAACUUAAAAGCUGGGACCCUAGUCAUGCAGACCACUGUGAGGAAGGGAAGUAGACAGUAUUCUGGACUUCCACUUGCUCUGCUGUGCUGGCUUGCUCCUGACGUGGAGAUUCAAGACAAAGAGCCUGGCUUUAGCACAGUCUGGCUAUUGGUACCUCUGUCCAGGCAGCUGGCCCAACUACAGGCUCUUCAUCUCAUCUCUUGUUUGCAUGAGCUCUUUGGAGGCCUUCGCCCUGCCACAUUCCAGGACCAAGAAUCUUGAAUAUCACGGAGAGAAGUGUGGAGUUAAUGAGACUGAAUUUUACCUUUUAUGAAAAAUUUGGAAAGAAAGACUAAAUUGAGGGACAUUUAACAGUGUCUAGAGACAUUUUUGGUUCUCCAGACUGAAGUGGGAGAGAUGCUAUUGGUAUCCAGUGGAUCGAGACCAGGGAUGCUGCUAAAUGUUCUGCAACACAGGGCAACUCGCAAGGAUGGCCCAGCUCUAAAGAUCAAUAAUGCCAAGGACCACAGCAACCAUGGAAGUGUAUAUUGGUAUGGAGAAACCGUAAUAUCUAAGCGAUAUGGAAAACUGCACCAAUGGAGAACAGCAAUCCCGCCCAGUCUCCAGGUCUGCUAGACUUUGCAUUAGGGGCCUGGGUUUGAUUCCUGGCGAGAGAACCAGGUCCCACGUUCCACGGCUAAGAGUUUGCAUGCUCAAUGAAGAUUCUCCAUGCUGCAACGAAGAUCAAAGAUCGAAGACACUGAGUGCUGCACCUAAGACCCAGUAUAGCCAAAUAAAUAGACGACAUAGACAAUUCAGUGUGGGCCUUUAUGUCCAUGGUGAUGCUGAAGCCUUCAAGGGAGUCUGAGUCCCAGAUCACAGCUUGAAAGAGAUGAAAGCUACCUGCGCAUCAGGAAUGCCCAUUUGGACUUUGCAGGAGUGAAGAACAAUAAACUUCUGUUGUGCUAAACCUCUGAGAUGUGGGGGCUUGUCUGUUACAGCAGCUAUUGUUACCUUAGGGCUUCCCAGGUGGCGCUAGUAGUAAAGAACCCACCUGCCAGUGUAGGAGACAGAAGAGACAUGGGUUCCAUCCCUGGGUUGGGAAGAUCCCCUGGAGAGGGUCAUGGCAACCCACUCCAGUAUUCUUGCCUGGAGAAUCCCGUGGACAGAGGAGC